GGCAAAAAUCUUGCCGUCUUUAUAUACAUUCCCUCCCACUGUUCACCUCGUUCCGAAGCCAAGCGCUUCACCCCCGCCUCCUCCCUCCUCCCUCCCCUUUCUUUUGCCUAUCCAUUCCUUCGAAUAACUUGGAUUGGAUCGGCGGCGGUGGAAAAAAAGCGAUAAACUUUGAUGCGCAGAGUCUAUUUAGUGGAGAAAAUGGGCGAGGAGGGAGAAGCUUGGAUGGAAAAAUCCGAUAUUUAGGGGUUUUCCCUCGAGCUUAGGUUGCUCAGGUUGAUGGGUUGUUUCCCCUGCUUCGAUUCGAGCGAUGGGGGGGUAUUGGACACCGGGGACGGGAGGGACGAUAAAAGGGAGGAGCAGCCCAUGGUCCCUCCCCGUGUGGACCGAGUAUCUUGGGUUGCUGAUAGUCUGAGGUCUAAAAACAACUCAGAAUCAGAAAGGGAAACACAGAAUCGGAAGGAUGGGUCUGAUGUUACUAUUGAGGCACAGACGUUCACUUUUCGGGAGCUUGCUGCUGCCACGGAGAAUUUCAGACCUGAGUGCCUUAUAGGGGAAGGGGGAUUUGGCAGGGUCUACAAGGGGUACAUAGAGAGCAUUGGCAAGGUUGUAGCUGUGAAACAGUUGGAUAAAAAUGGACUUCAGGGGAACAGAGAAUUUCUUGUCGAGGUUCUCAUGCUCAGCUUAUUGCAUCACCCUAAUCUUGUAAAUUUAAUUGGUUACUGUGCUGAUGGAGAUCAACGCCUUCUUGUAUAUGAAUUUAUGCCCUUGGGAUCUUUGGAAGAUCAUUUAUUUGACCUGCCGCCUGACAAGGAACCACUAGACUGGAAUACGAGAAUGAGGAUUGCUACAGGUGCAGCCAAAGGGUUGGAGUAUCUCCAUGAUAAGGCAAAUCCCCCUGUUAUUUAUAGAGACUUCAAAUCAUCCAACAUUCUACUGGAUGAGGGUUUUCACCCAAAGCUCUCAGAUUUUGGGCUCGCAAAACUUGGCCCAGUUGGCGAUAAAUCUCAUGUAUCAACGAGAGUGAUGGGUACCUAUGGGUAUUGUGCCCCAGAGUAUGCUAUGACUGGACAAUUAACAGUUAAGUCUGAUGUAUACAGUUUUGGUGUUGUACUUUUGGAGCUGAUCACCGGACGGAGGGCCAUUGAUAGCACUAGACCACAUGGAGAACAGAAUCUUGUUUCAUGGGCAAGGCUCAUGUUCAAUGAUCGAAGAAAGCUCCCAAAACUAGCUGACCCAAAGCUGCAAGGACGGUACCCUAUGCGGGGGAUCUACCAAGCCCUUGCAGUGGCAUCCAUGUGCAUCCAAGAACAAGCUGCCUCCCGUCCUCUUAUCGCGGAUGUUGUCACUGCUCUUUCUUACCUGGCAUCCCAGGCUUAUGACCCUAAUGCAUUGCAUGUCUCUAACAACAGAUCUGGCAGGGAACAUCAUGAAAGAAGCCAUCAAGGAGGAUGUGGAAAAGUACUGGCGAAGAAUGAGGAAGGUGGAGGGUCUGGCCAGAAAUUUGUAGAAGAAAGAGAGGAUGCUCCAAGGGUGGUUGUUGGGACCUUGAACAAGGAUUUUGAUCGGGAGCGAGCAGUGGCAGAGGCGAAAUUGUGGGGAGAGAAUUGGCGAGAGAAGAUACGCACUAAUGGUAAUCAACAAGGUGCUUCAAAUGCUAAUUGAUAGUGGUAGGUAUUCACUUCUCUUCCCUUUUUUUAUGUACAAGAGAAGUGAGAUCUUACAGAAGGAGAUAUUGACAUUUUAGCUGCUUCUUCCCUUCCCCCUCUUCUCAAUUACAUCUUCUACAUGGAGGGAGGUAGCCGAGUUGAGUGUCUAAUAUUAGAGGCAGGAAAGGAUGCAGUGGUCCUUACAGUUGGUCACUGAGACUCUUGUGCUUUUUAGAAGUCUAAAAAGUUAUGUGGAAGAUGAGCUAUGUUGAGUACUUUCUUCCACUGUUACUCCUGAGUGUUCAUUCGACCUCCCAUGAUAUGAAAAGGUUCCUACAUUUCCACAUUAGUAAAAGAACUAAUUGGGACUCCAAGUUUCCUGAGGUUGAAGCAUGGAAGGUGCAUCUGUGGAUGAAAGAGAAACACAUUAUGAUCAACAUACAUUAAUAUUUUAUAAUGCUAUCGCGGUUAUUGAAAUAUUAUUUAUGCAUUUUAAAUUCCAAACACAAACACUUUUGAAUAAAA